AGUUAAGUUUUUGUUUAACAAGAAAUGGAUGCUAUUGAAACUGUGGAAUCUUCUGCUCCAGAAAGACAACAACAAACAACUGAUAAGAAAAGUGAACGUCCUUACUCACUCAUGUUGUGAAAAUUCCUUGCACACUUUGGGCCAGCCCGGUUUCAUCAUCAUAAUUUCAAACGGUGGGCGAACGUGCCUUAAUGCAUUUAAUUUAUAAAUUGCAUUAUAUUGACGAGAGGUCAUUCACUUCAUUGUGCAUACUAUCCGAUAACAAGCAGACCAAGCUGGAAGUGUCAGCAUGUUUUCCUUUACGUGUCAUUCUUGGGUCUUGGGUGUCUCCAUAACGUGAACGGGUCUUCCAUGCAUGUCAAAAGGUGACAUUCAAGAAAGGCCACAAACAAUUCUUUUUAAAUAACUGACAAUGAAAUUACUUUUUCCGGUUCUUUUUGGUGUGUGGUCGGCCCUUACGUGCUAUUAUAAUGUUUACAACAAACAAACAUAGGAAACAGAAAGAAAAAUGGACUGGCAACGUUGUUGCCAAGACUGAAGAAUGGGGAAUGGGGUUCUAGCCUGUAGUUAGCAGCAGUUGCUUCAUUCCAAAAAAGUUGGACUGUCAUGGAUUGUAGAGUUCCAAUCUAAAAGGCCCCCUUUUUUGUUAUUCUGUAUAGUUUUAGUUACGUUGUCAAUUAUAUGUCAGAGCUGGAUGAUUAAAAUUGAGCGUAAUCGUACUAAAAUGCCCGGAAGGAGCUCAAAAAAAGUUUCUUCUAUGCUCACAAGGGGCCGGAAAAACUUUUUCAAGGACGGCCUCAUCACUGGUUCUGGUAUAGGGGAACCAAGUCUUUAUCAUGCAUUGGUGGUCAUCUUCCUGGAGUUUUUCGCUUGGGGUUUACUUACCACUCCAAUGAUCACAGUUUUAAAUGAAACUUUCCCUGAUCACACAUUUCUGAUGAAUGGACUAAUUGUUGGAAUCAAGGGAUUGCUUUCCUUUCUAAGUGCACCACUUGUCGGUGCCUUGUCGGACGUAUGGGGCAGAAAAUUCUUCCUUGUCGUGACAGUGUUCUUCACUUGCGCUCCUAUUCCUUUAAUCCAUAUAAACACAUGGUGGUACUUCGCCAUGAUUUCCAUAAGUGGCGUAUUUGCUGUAACGUUUUCCGUCGUAUUUGCGUACGUGGCUGAUGUCACCGAUGAAAGCGAACGUAGUGCAGCAUACGGACUGGUGUCCGCAACAUUUGCUGCGUCGUUGGUAACAUCACCAGCAUUGGGAGCUUAUCUUGGCCGUGUAUACAGCGAAACUUUAGUUGUAGCGAUUGCAACUGCCGUUGCUCUUCUCGACGUAUUUUUCAUUUUAGUUGCUGUUCCCGAGUCAUUGCCUGAGAAAGUUCGCCCCUCAUCGUGGGGAGCACCAAUUUCCUGGGAACAGGCGGAUCCCUUUGCUGCAUUGAAAAAAGUCGGCAAAGAUAACACGAUUUUGAUGCUAUGCGUCACUGUCUUUCUUUCUUAUUUACCCGAAGCUGGCCAAUACUCCUGUUUUUUCGUCUACCUGAAACUGGUUAUGGGAUUCUCAGCUGAAGCUGUUGCAACCUUCAUUGCCGUAGUAGGGGUACUGUCAGUUUUCGCCCAGACGGCAGUUCUUGGACUGCUUAUGAGAACUGUUGGAGCCAAAGCAACGAUUUUAAUUGGAUUAGUUUUUGAGAUGCUGCAGUUGGCUUGGUACGGCUUUGGUUCACAAAUGUGGAUGAUGUGGUCUGCUGGUGUUUUAGCUGCUAUCUCGAGUAUUUCGUAUCCAGCUAUUUCUGCGUUUGUGUCUAUGCACGCGGAUGCCGACAAGCAAGGGCUUGUGCAAGGAAUGAUCACAGGAGUUCGUGGUCUUUGUAACGGAUUGGGUCCAGCCCUUUAUGGACUCAUUUUCUACCUCUUUAAUGUCAAUCUGAACGACAAGGAUGCCGUUAAACUUUCGCAUUCUGGUUCGCAUUCAAAUGAAACGACACACAUAGAAGAUAUUUCAGUGAUUCGGGCUCUUCCUGGUCCACCCUUCGUAUUUGGGUCGUUCUUAGUGGUUUGCGCUUUGUUAGUCGCCUUCUUCAUCCCAGAAGGCCCACUGGGUUCAACAUUGAAGUCAAAUGCUCGGAGGUCAUCAGGACCCACCGAAACACCUGUCGAUGGAAAUGUAGGAGGUCCGACAUCAGUGCCGCUGAUGCAUCCAUUGUCGUUGGAAGAGGAGAUUGCGGCCUUGUAAAUAGCACACACACAUUAUGACGAGAAAUUAAGCUAAAUCGGGCUUUCGCGAUCUGAAAAGCUUCUCUUCUCUUUUUGUUAUUUUGAUGGCUUUUGCAGUUGUCCGGACGGUUGAAUCUUGACAACUUUAAUCGUUGAUAUGUAUUUUGUUGCUGUCGAGUCAAAUGUUGCGGAGUCGAGAAGCUUUAGCAGUUCGCGUUUAGCGCUUCUCUUGAUUGAGUAAGAUGUGCCGACUGUGACGGGUUUGGGGUAGCACCACAUUAUUUGAUUCGAUGUCCUAAAAAUUGUGUAAUAAAUGCAAUGCAUGCGACUCAUUGGCAAACCGGAUUUCUAUUACUGCCGACCAGUGUGUGCAUGUAUAUAACGAUAUAAUUGUGUAAUUCGAUGGAUUUCACUGUGUAACUAAAAAAAAAAAAAAAUCAUCAUUCUCCCCUUAAACACACAACAACAACAAAAAAAUGACGGAAUACAUUCUAAUUGGAUAUUCA